AUCAAAUUGACAUUCCAAACGAUAACAACUCGAUUCCUAUCAGUGGCGGCUUCCUCUCGGCUUGGAUGCUGAGCUCGAGGAUGUUUUCAGUGAACUCUUCUGUAAAUACUCAGGAAACAUGCUCGGACGCUUACUGCUAAGUCUUUUGCUCUGCUCCCUACAAAUUUUGGCGGAAUGCCCCAUAAGCCAUGGUACCUGCAACUACAAGGACUUUUUUAUUACUUUCAACCAAAACAAAGCUAGUCGACGUGCCGAAGGCGCAAUUUAUUUUCUGUACGAUGUGAACAGUGUGGAAGGCUUCAAUCUAAGACGGGACGUCUAUAUAAGGCUUGCCGUGUUCCUCAAGGCGCUGCGGAAGAAAGCAGGAUUUGAAAAGGCGCAAUUAGUCCUGCCACCAUUUCCGCGUCUGUACCAUUGGAAGUCUGAUCAUAUCAUGCAGGAUUCCGUGCUCUGGCGGCAGUUCUUCGACAUCCCAAGCAUGCGAAAUUACACUGCCGUGUUGGAUUUUGAUGAGUUCCUACGUGAAAUUGGAGUUGGGCAAAAGGAGCGAUUUUCUCUGGACCAUGUGUACCAGCUCCAGAACUUCGAGGAUAUGUUCGUGAAUGGAGUGUUCACUGACAAGUUCGAGGAGAAGCCAUGCGUCAAGGAGAAUCACUAUCGGAGACCGUUCCUAAAUAAUCAACUUAUCUCGCACAAAGUGUUUUCCUGUCUGAAGUUUCAGGGAAGCGCCUCCUUGUUGGAAAAAUUUCUGAAAAAGAAAUUGAAGAGGAAUAAAUCAUGGCCAUGGACAAUGCUUUUUCUGAAUUCGGAGAUUAUCCUGCAUGACUUCUGGGGCAACGAUGAGUUUUGGCGUGCGAGACGUUCCAUGAGGUUUAGCAAAACGCUUGUCGAUAUUGCAAGUGAAUACCGCCUACUUAAUUUUAAUUCCACCGAUGAGACUGAUUUAGUUCAGAGACCAGACGACUGGAGACUUGAAAAGCCGUACCGUGGAGCGAAAGGCGGAAACUAUUUAUGUGCACAUAUUCGUCGAGCAGAUUUUGUACUCGGUCGCGAAAGGACCACUCCAUCAUUAAAGUCAAUUGCUAACCAGAUUACAGCCAAAGUCAAAGAUUUAAAGAUUUCCAAAGUGUUCAUUUCAAGUGACUGUAACGGCUUUGAGUUCCAGAACUUAAAAUCGUACUUAGGACGGAUGAGAAUCUACAGAUUCAGACCGGAAUCAUUCCAACAAAAGGCACAAAUUAUGGAUGGCGGUAUCGCAAUCAUUGAUCAAAUAAUUUGCUCUCAUGCCAAGCAUUUCAUCGGUACCUACGAAAGUACGUUCACCUACCGAAUAUACGAGGAGCGUGAGAUUCUUGGGUUUCCAAAGGACGCGACAUUCAACACAUUCUGUAAAAACGAUGACUUGUCGAAUUGUGAGAAGAAUUCGGUUUGGCCGAUAGUUUUUUAAGGAAGAAAGUGUGUCAUAAAAAAGAACAAAUUAAUGUUUAAGACUAGUUGAAUUUUAACUUUUUAUAAUACUCAUUUUAUGUGGCAUAAUUUUAGUGAAAAUAAAUGUACGAUUGAUUAUAUGUUGUUA